AUGGACUGGCUCCCUCACCGAACAACUGCUUUUCUGUUCCUUUUAUUGGUACUCUUGGAUUUCAGCACAGGAUUUCAUGUGGAGGUAAAAGAAUGGGAUGAAAAUGGAGCAGCAAGAUGGAAAACCUUCAAGAGACAAAAACGUGAAUGGAUCAAAUUUGCUGCAGCUUGUAGAGAAGGAGAAGAUAAUUCUAAGAGGAAUCCAAUUGCCAAAAUACGAUCAGAUUGUGAAGAAAACAAUCCAAUCACAUACAGCAUCUCUGGAGUUGGAAUUGAUCGUGCCCCCUAUGGAAUAUUUGUUGUUAACCCAAGAACAGGAGAAAUUAAUAUAACAUCGAUAGUGGAUAGGGAAAUAACCCCAGUAUUUGUUAUACGUUGCUUUGCCAAGCACUCGGUGACGGGUGUAGAUUUGGAACCACCUCUUGAACUUCGAGUCAGAGUUCUGGAUAUAAAUGAUAAUCCUCCUGUAUUUGCACAAUCUGUAUUUACAGGAUCUAUUGAAGAAUGCAGUAUGGACAACACACUGGUGAUGAAAAUAAUUGCAACAGAUGCAGAUGAACCUAAUCACUUGAAUUCUAAAAUUGCCUUCAAGAUAGAGAGUCAGGAACCUUCAGGUCCACCAAUGUUCAUUAUGAAUAAAUAUACUGGAGAACUUCAUCUAGCAAAUUAUCUUGACAGAGAGCAACAUAGUAGCUACACUCUUGUUGUGAAGGCAUCAGACCGGGAUGGAGCAGCAGAUGGAAUUUCAUCUAUUUGUAGCUGUAAUGUUAAAGUUAUUGAUGUCAAUGACAACUUCCCAACACUUGCUCAAAGCUCUUUUUCAGCAAGUAUUUCAGAAAAUGCACUUAGCUCAGAAUUGCUACGAAUACAAGCUCUGGAUGCUGACGAAGAGUUUACAGAUAACUGGUUAGCAGAGUUUUUCUUUAUAUCUGGUAAUGAAGAUAACUGCUUUGAAAUUGUUACAGAUCCAGCUACAAAUCAAGGAAUCCUUAGAGUAAUUAAGGAACUGAAUUACGAACACAUCCAAAGCCACACAUUGAGUAUUGGUGUCAGAAACCGAGCUGCCUUCCACCACUCUGUUGCACCUCAGUAUCAAGUUAUUGGAACACCUCUCAUAGUAGAAGUAAAAAAUGUAAUUGAACCACCAAGAUUUCCUCAAUCUCCGAUCAGUUUUUCUAUAUCAGAAAGUACAAGACAGAGUCAUGUGGUUGGAACAUACACAGCCAUUGAUGAGGAAACUGGGACUAUGGCAUCUAAUGUCAUAUAUAGUAUAGGACGUGAUCCAGCUGCCUGGUUCAAAAUCAAUCCAAAUACUGGUGAAAUCACACUGAACAAAGUUAUUGAUCGGGAAUCAUCCUACGUAGUCAAUGGGGAAUACAGAGCAGAGGUCUGGGCUGUUACCAGAGGGUUUCCUCGACAUACUGCUACUGGUACCGUUGUUCUUUUGAUACAAGACGUCAAUGAUAAUUGUCCAACUGUUAAUACAGAAACAAGGAAAGUAUGCAUGCAUUCUCCAUCAGUGGUUAUCACAGCAAAGGACAUGGAUAGUGAUCAGUAUGGCCCUCCCUUUACAUUCAGCAUACAUGGUGAACCUCAAACUACAUGGAUUAUCAGAUCAAUAAAUGCUUCAUCUGCAGAACUAGUGGGUCAGAACAUUGACUUUGUCUUGUAUGAGAUCUAUGUCAACAUUAAAGAUAACCAAGGCCGAGGUUGCCCACGACCACAUAUAAUUCCUCUGCAAGUUUGUCGGUGUGAUAGUCGCAAUUACUGCACCAGUGGAGCCACAAAAAUAAUUGUCAUUGGUGGUGGUGCUGGUGGUGGCAGUGCUGGCGGUGGUGCUGGCGGCGGUGCUGGUGGUGGUGGCAGUGCCGGUGGCGGUGGUGCUGGUGGCGGUGCUGGUGGCGGUGCUGGUGGCGGUGCUGGUGGCGGUGGUGCUGCUGGUGGUGGAGGAAGCCAGGGAGGUGAAACAGGGGGAGGAACAGACCAACAGGGCACCACCGGUGAGAGUGGAGAUGAAGGAGGUGACGGUGUUACGGGUGAUGGAAGUGAAACUGGGGACAAUUACAAUGGUGGAUACAGUGAAGGUUAUGAUGAAGUUACUGGGGCCGGUGGUGAAGGUUAUGAAGGACAAGGAGGUUAUGGCAGAGACUUUCAAUCUUCUACCACGCUUAGCGGUGCUGCCAUUGGCCUGAUGUUUCUUGGAGGAUUAAUAUUUGUUCUGAUUCCAAUUUUGAUGUCAAUGAGCGACUGUUGUGGCUGUGGACCGGGAGCUGCAGGUGGAGUUGGGACUGGAUUUGAACCUGUACCUGAAUGCACAGAAGGGGCAAUUCAUCCAUGGGGAAUAGAAGGUGCACAACCUGAAGACAGGGAUGUCUCACACAUUCUUGCCCCAACAACAGCUGCUGGAGGUGAAUUUGGUGAACCCUCUGAAAUAUAUACAAACACAUAUGGAGGAGGAGGAGUAGUAACUUCUGGUGUUGAAGACACUACAGCAGUUGGCUAUGGUACUGGUACCGGUUAUGGAACAGCUGGAGGAAUCUCUGGAACAGGAGAAGCAAAGGGAUCAUGUGGAGGAACGAUAAAAGAGUAUCGAGAAGGAGGGGUGAAUAUGGCCUUCCUAGACAACUACUUCUCUGAGAAAGCAUUUGUGUAUGCAGAUGAAGAUGAAGGUCGUCCAGCAAAUGACUGUCUCUUAAUAUACGAUCAUGAAGGAGUAGGUACUCCUGUUGGCUCUGUGGGUUGCUGCAGUUUUAUCGGAGAAGAUACAGAUGAAACGUAUUUGGAUACAUUAGGACCAAAAUUUAAGACCUUGGCAGAAAUCUGUCUGGGCAAAGAAAUUGAAACUUUUUCUGAAGUUAACCUGCCAUGGCCAUCUGGUAGUGCUACCUUUCCUAACCCUGAAAGCGAUAUAAAUUUGCCACCACCUGGAACCACCAUCAUCGUCAAUGGAGGUGCACCAAUGCCUCCCCCAGCUGGUACUACAACAAUUGUUACGGAAAACACCUAUACGUCCGGGUCUACCUUGCAGCCCCCAAGGCCAAUGUCUGAUCCUUUGCUCCAUGGCAAUGUGAUGGUGACUGAGACCUACACAUCCAGCCCACCCUCCCUUAGCGUUGACCCUCUGCGCGCAUCGAACGUCGUCGUAACCGAAAGGGUUGUCGGGCCGGCGUCCGCCUCCGAUUUGCGUGGCAUGCUAGAUAUCCCCGAUCUCACGGAGGGGUCCAACGUCAUCGUCACGGAAAGAGUGAUCGCGCCCAACUCGCGGCUCCCGACCUCCUUGAGCAUUCCCGACCUCGUAGAUGGGUCGAACGUGGUGGUGACGGAAAGGGUGAUCAGACCGGCCACUGGGAUGCGCGGCAGCUUGAUCAACAUCCCCGCCGAGCUGUCCAGCGCCCACAACGUGGUGGUCACAGAGAGAGUAGUGUCCGGGGCUGCAAUGAGCGGUGUGGGCGGCGCCGGCAUGGGCGGAGCCAUCGUGGGCGGGGCCAGCAUGGGCGGGGCCAGCAUGGGCGGGAUGAGUGGCGCGGCCCCGAUGUUGAACGCCGACUGCCACCUCAGCCAGCCCAUGGGCACGGCCUCCCCCGGCACCUCGCGGCAGAGGGUGACCAAGUACAGCACCGUGCAGUACUCCAGCCAGUGA